AUGAGGCUCGCUAUUGGUGUGUUCUUGUUCGGUCAAGUUAUUACUAAGGAGCUUUCAUUAAGGAGGAAAUCAGACUACUUGUAUACUCUCCCAGCUCUCGAAAUUUGGAAAGACGAUUGCAGCAGACAAGCUUUGCUGUCAAUACUACCACAAUGUUUAGAUGGGCUAGAGACAAUGACAUCCUCUCAGCAGAAAGAAGUGGCCUUGGAGUUGUCCAUAUGCGAGUUGGAAAAUGCUAAAAUUGAAUAUCCACUUGAUUGUAAUCCACAAAUUAGACAAAGAAACGUUGACAAAUGUAUUCAAUCUUUGGAGAAAUCACCCCAAUUUUGGACGAGCUACAGCGGUAACUACAGAAGUGUCAAGGAGAUAUGCCAUCAAGUUAGCAUGCCUUUGAAAAAGGAACAAAUUGUAGAGGUUUAUGAAAAUGUGAGCAAUCUUUUUCAAAAUAUAUUGAACGAUUUUAUGGCUUCUCAAGCUGACAACGAAGAAUUUCAAAAUCACAUGAAGGAAAAGUUUGAUGCAAUGCUCAAUAUCAUUGACGAAAUGAUGGAGAAGAGAAGAGAGUCAGCAGAUUUAGUAAACCAAACGUUCAAUGUAUUCUACGAGAACUUUGAAUUGUCAUUAAACAAUGCACUUGUAAUCAUGGGACAAUCGUAUCAAGGUGUUAAUACUAAUUUGAACGAAAUGGGGCAUCACAUCAACUAUUUCACCAAAGAGUUGUGCCACAUUAAUGAGUUGAUACGAGAGAAUCAAAAUCAAUUGGGCCGGAAGCAUAAGGACUUGCAACAACACGGUGAUAUCCUAUUGAGCCAACAAAGUCAAGUGCUAGAAAAUAUGAAGGGAAUUAAUGACUAUGCAUUAGAAUUGCAAGGAUCGGCCAGACGUUACUUUGAGUUCAUGGAUAAUGAGUUCCAACUAUCUGUGUUUAAAAUGCACUCUAUUAAUGCAUUAAUAAACCAUAAUCUUGACACUUUACAGGUUCAAAAAAAGUCUCUAAAUCAGCAGUCUGUGUCAAUAUUGAGUGGCAUUUCGGAAGACUUUGCCCUGUACUUGAAUAGGUCAGGACAAGAAAUACUAGCAUCAUUUGAGAAUUCAUUGAAUAUCUCGUUGGAAAAAUUGGAAGAGAGAGUAGAGCAAACGAUGAUGUCUAUCGAACUACUUGAUUCAAGAGUGGGGAACUUCAUAAGUAUCGCCAAUAAUGCAACUGAAUACCUUGCUAACUUGAUUCCAAAUUUUGCUCGUAGUGUGAUGAGCUACGCAUCGGAGAGCUAUAUUUCAAUGAAGACUGCAUUUUCUCAAACUUAUAGGAUCAUAUUAUGUCUAGUGGUGGCUGUUGUUCUUUUGAUAGCCAAACCUUUUGUUUUAUUCCCAUGGACAAUACUCCGCAAGUCAGUCAUUGUGGUAAUACCCUUGACCUUAGGUGUUGUUGCUGCUAUUCUCACGCUAAAGCUUGUAUUGGUAUUAAGUGAUUUCAACAUGCCAGAUUGA